AUGGCGCAUCGACCGAAUCCCGUUCGCCCUCUCCCUGACGGUCGAUGCGUCUGGAACACGCUGCCUCAAGAAAUCAAAGACUUCAUCUUCGAGUUGGCCUACGUUCCCGAUGGCGGCUGCACUCCAAUGCACAAGUGCAGUUGGCAGCCCAGAAUCUGCACCUGCAGCCACGAACACUGUCCAAUCCAAGACCACACCGAGGGCGUUCUAGCGACAUCCUGGGAUGCAAAGGUGCCCAUGGAAAGACUGAUGGUAGAUCGAGAGUGGUAUCACGCCGCAUCGAAGGUGUUCUACAGCCGCACGAACUUUGUCCUUGCACACAACAUGGAAUACGAUUAUGACCCUCAUUUCGCGAACCGGCACAUUGAAGGGCAGCAAAUGGAGGAAUUCAUCUGUGACGACCGCGGCUUGCCUCGAUCGUACGCCAAGCUGAUCACUAUAAUCACUUUCGUCCUAGACUAUCGGACAAUAUCUGCCGUCAUGAUGAAGAUUGUCAAAAUGUGCCCCUCACUCAAGCACGUGCACCUUCGCAUCGCUUUUGACUACUUCGACAUCGACUAUAUGCCGUCUGACGUCGACGAUAGGAUGUGGACAGAGCAAAAAUUGGAGGUGCAUGACCCGAUGCUAUUUCAGCUCCGCGGAAUAUCGACACUUACUGUCGAAAAGGAAGAUCGUACUUAUUCAUGUAACUGUGAAAUCUUCGCAACCAACCUCAAAAGCCUGUGCGAUCUUCUGAGAGCUACCGCGUCUCAACCGCGGCCGUUGGAGUGGUCUGCCGCCAGCGUCGACAAAAGGAGUGAACAUGACAGCGAAAGCACAUCCACAACCUCCACUUUAGUCAGUGAAGAGCCAGGCCCAAAUGUGAGCACACAUGAUCACAAUUGCCCCUGGAACCGACUUCCACAGGAGUUGAAGGAUGUCAUACUCGAGAUGGCAUAUGUGCCACAAAGCCAAGUCUGCCCACUGUCUAAAGCAAGCUGGGACGAAGAAGAGGAAGAGCGUCGUGAGCGGCGAGGAAUAGAUUACGAGGCUCGGUGGUUCCCGGCGAAGUUGGUCGACCGGUUUCUUGUCAGCCGCGAGUGGUACCAGGCUGCAUCGACAGUCUACUACAAACAUGCCAACUUCUUUUUCGACACGCCAGAGAAGAUGCUCGCAUUUGUGGCCAAAGACGGAACGCCUUACGCAUAUGCAGACAGGAUCGGAAAAGCAACUGUUCAUCUGGACGCGAGAAGUGCAACACAGGCCUCGCUUAUCACUGAUGCGGCCGUAAUCUGUUCUUCUCUAAGAUUUCUGCAAUUGGAUAUCUGGCGAACAUUCUUCAACGACGCUGAAGACGCUGAGAUCACGGAUCCCCCUCUGAACGUUGCUUAUCGAGAGGUCUGGAGCGCCGCAGACUUCUUUCACUACCCGUACACCAAAUCUCUGCUUAGCAUCCGAGGCGUUGCUCAAGUCAAGAUCACCGCCUUGCUUAGCCACACUACCGAUGAUCACGUCCUGUGCCUCGAAGAGUCGAUGCCAAAAGAGAACUCAGAGUUCAUAAGAUCCGACAACAACCACCUCUGCCAGAGCCUGGCUCUCUUCGAGAAGAUUCUUCAGCGCGCAGCUGCCCGAGCCAGACCGGCUGACCAGUCUGAUCAGUCAAGUCAAAUCGCAUUAAAAGUUUGGGCAGAUGCUCUCUUCUUAGAUCCAUUGGCAAUGUAUCCAUCGACUGCGACGAAACCAAGUGCUGUUCAGUACUUGGCUGACAUGACGGUCCGAGACAGUGACAUUCCCGAAUGA